AUGCUCCGAGAGGCUCAGAAUCAAAACAAGACAAACGUUCACUUGAUAGAAUCUUAUCCCCAUGAUACACACACAUUUGAAGCCCAGAAUACAUACAUUGGUUUGCCAAGCAACAAUCACAGUGUUCCCAUGAAUACAAACCAUUUCAAUCAUCUAGGGAUGCAGAAUCACUCAGAUGGAGUUAACCCAAGGAGUGCAUGGAGGGACUAUCAUUGGUCACAUACAGUAUAUGGUGUCCAACCGAGCGGCGUGGGGGGUGGAGAGGAAGCUGGGUACUUGCAGGCUGGAGAUGAAAAGCGAGGGAGGGGCCGGCCGAGAGGGUCCAAGGACAAGAGGCCACGAAGGAAACGUCCAGCAGGGGAGAGCUUGCAGCGAACGUCGUCGGGUGAGGGACCUUCGAGGUUGUCUUCGGGGGGAGGGUCGGGGGGAGGAUCAUUUUCUCGGCUGCAAAGUGUGGACACUGAUGAAGGCUUCUUGAGCGCCGGCGAUGGGCACCCGGAUUCGGUCAGGAAGAGGGGAAGGCCAAAGGGAUCAAAAGACACAAAACCGAGAGUGCGUCGUAUUGAGAAAGGUGCAAGGAGGUCGGACAUGGAAUCUCCACCAGAGGGAGCAAACGUGGAGGCAGAGGUCGCGGCCCCCGAGAAUCUCUCGGCAUCCUCAAGGGUUCGCGAGUUGUCUUUGCACACUCGAGGAGCAGGGAGCAUGGGAGCAGAUGUCAGUAUACCCGCAAACGGCCUUCAGUCCAAAGGACAAGUCGGCGGUCAUUUGAAUCACAGAGACUUGAACACAAAAUCCAUGAAUGCUCCCUGGUCAGAAGGGCAUUCUGUUGCACAUAAACCAAGUAUGUCGCAAAAGCUCCUCAAUCAAUCUGGUCAUUUGGACCCGAUGCGCAUUCAAGAGGCAUUUGCGAAUCAACCCCACAUCGCGUAUGUACACCAAGGCCAGAUACCAGAGCCUUCGCUGGACCCAACGGCUUCUUUCAAGAACGAAGAGUCUCCAUGCAGACCGGCAAGGGACAACGACAACAUGCUGACUUCGAGCUCCUGGGAGGCGGGCUCACCCCUCCUCAACCAUCUGAAUAUCGGGGAGAUCGGGCGAGAGAUUCUAAAGUCCGCCGAGUCCACUGAAAGCAUCGAAAACUGGUCGCCAGUGCUGCCAGAGGACGUGACGCUGCCGCUCGUUGCCGGGAUGGCCCCGUUCGAUCCCAUAGCAGAGGGUUAA